AUGUAUUCGAAGCUUGUCUCAACGCUACUCGGACGACCGAAACACAAGAACGACAAAUCCAUUCAAGACGACAAGAAAAUAUCUGCCGAUCUUACAAAUUGCUCACAAUGGUCUGAUGACAGUCAACCAGCUAAUAUUUUACCACAUCAUCUUACUGGUUCUACCAGCUCUGCACAUAUGUCAUCCGCCUCUUCUUCAUCUUCAACAUCAACCUCAGCUGACUCCGCCCAUCGGAGGUGUUGUCAUUGCGGAGCUGAAGGGGGCGUGGCUAGUCUAGGAGGAACAACAGCGAAUACAAGGAUCAGUACGUAUAGUACAGGCACAAGCACAUCUAGCUCCAGUCCUCAACCGAAUUUAAUUGGCGGAGGUAUUGGAGAAACAUUUGCUAACGUACAGCCAUAUUCGUCUUUAUACGAAUCAUCCUCAUCAUCAGACGUCUUAACGUCUAACACCAAUAUACCUACAUCCAUCUUUCGUCAUCUCAAUCCCGUAGCUGUAGCUACCACGGACAAUCAAAGCGAAAUCAUGGGACCAUAUCACAAAGAAUAUUUGAUCAAAUGGAAUGUCAAGUACAUGGGAUCAUUUCCAAUCUCCAAUACAUCCAUGGAACAUCUAUCAUACCGUUUGGAGAAGUUCAGUCCAUGUAACAUCGUUGAUGCUAGUCUAUCUGUCUCAAUGUCUGGCGUUAAAGUACAUUAUAGAGAGGAUCUUCUUAUUGGACAUUCAAUGAGACGAAUUCUGUCAGUUGUUGGCAGACCAGCAAUGAAAGAAGUUGCUUACAUAGCUAUGGAAUCCAGUGGACAGACUUAUCGCAAGAAAUGCCAUGUAUUCAGAUGUCAUGAUUUACAAGAUGUUGAAGAAAUUGAAUCAGUUAUUGGUAGUGCUUUUCACGCAGCAUUACUUGCUACUCGUGGAGCACCAUUACCUAGUAUGGCUGCAUCAGCAACCAUGUUAGCACCUACAGCUAUGGCACAAUCAAAAUCCGUUCGAACAUUGCUGACCUCAACACCACAUAUUCCUGCUGGAACCAUGUCUGAGAAGAGAGCCAGUUCAACGGCUUUCUUGAGUCGAUUGAUGGGCAAAGGACGCGACAGCAUUGUUGAGGAUUCAGCCAAAUCCAAGAGAAAAAGACGUCCUGUCAGUGCUGUGUUCUCAGCAUUUCAACGUCUCUCAUCGACAGCCACUCUCAGUCAGAAACGAAUGUCAGCAUAUGAACCAACUGUUCAUGAUGGACGUCGUCCAAUGACUAGAGUCAAUGCUUCACCCGUUCCUGAAGAACCAAUUCCACCUACAACUUCAGAAGAUAAUCAUAGACAUAGCAAGAUAGUUGAUACCCCUCCAGCUCUCAUCUUUGAUGAAAAGUUAGGAGAAAUGAUCUAUCCUAUCGGUGAAUCCCUUCAAGCACAACUCGAAAACGUCAACUACUUCGUGAAACUUCCUACAAGAGAAUUGCUUGUUCGAAAUCUUCUAUCGCAUCCAGAAGGAGCAUUCGUAGUGCGAUAUUCUGAAUCCAAGAAACGAUGCUUAGCCUUAAGUGUUCGAGUACCUCAAAACUACAAUGCAUCAGGAAUAGCUCAUUACCUAAUCAUCCGCAAUGAAGAUGGAUACCGUAUUAAGGGAUUCAACAAGAACUUCGCCAGUCUUCAAAUGCUAGUAACUCACUAUUCCGUUCUACAGGAACAGCUGCCUGUUCCUCUUCACUUCGUCGCUUGGAACAAAGACGAUUGGAAGACUGUCACCUAUGAUAUGCCAACGGAGCAUAAAGAGAAACGACACCCAUCAACUAUCAGACAAGUGCCGGAAAUAGAUGAAAACCGAAAUACAAAGUACUUCAAUGACAUCGAUUGGGUUACACCUAAACGAUCGAGUCGAAAUUUUGAAAAGCGCUAUUCACGACUGUUCGACAUAGACGGCUGA